CGGUACCAUAGAGGCGCCGGCGCCAGCAGGCAGAGCGGCUGCCGGCGCACCACAGAGACAGAAGGGGAAGCGGAAGCGCCGGGGUCGCGAUGCGGCGGCUGAGGUGGCAGCGGCGGGAGCGCGGCCGGGCGGGACCCGCGGCCUCCGCCGGGCUCGCAGCUCCGGGCCGGCCCGUCCGCAGCUGAGGGGCCCGCUGAGCCUCCGCGUUCUGAGCGCCCCGCAGGGCCCCGCGCUGGCGAUGUCCCGCGGAGCGGCCCCGUGAGCCCGUCCCGCCAUGCGGGCGGCCGCGCUGCUGGCCGCGCUGCGGCCCGUGCUGCCGCUGGUGCUGGGCCUGUCCCUGGGCUGCAGCCUCAGCCUCCUGCGCGCCGCCUGGGGCCGGCCCGGCGCGGAGCCGUGCGCGGGGGCCCGGCCCGGGGCGCUUCCCGGCGGGGCGCGGCCCGAGGCGGCGGGGCCGGGCCCGGGGCCCGAGGAGUUCAGGCCCAGGAUCGUCCCGUACUACCGGGACCCCAACAAGCCGUACAAGAAGGUGCUCAGAACCCGCUACAUCCAGACGGAGCUGGGGUUCCACGAGAGGCUGUUUGUGGCCGUGCUGACCUCCAAGGCCACGCUGAACACGCUGGCAGUGGCCGUGAACAAGACCGUGGCCCAUCACUUCCCGCGCCUGCUGUACUUCGCGGGGCUGCGCGGCGCCAAGGUGCCCCACGGCAUGGUGCUGGUGGCGCACGGCGACGAGCGGCCCAUCUGGCUCAUGUACCAGACCGUGCGCUACAUCCAUCAGCACUUCGGCUCCGACUAUGACUGGUUCUACAUCAUGCAGGAUGACACCUACGCCCAGGCUGAACAGGUCAAGGCUCUGGUGACGCACCUCAGUAUUAACCAAGACGUGUACCUGGGACGGGCGGAGGAGUUUAUCGGGGGGGACGAGCAGGCCCGCUAUUGCCACGGCGGCUUUGGGUACCUGAUCUCGCGCAGCCUGCUGCUGAAGCUGCACCCGCACCUGGACAGCUGCCGCAACGAGAUCCUCAGCGUGCGGCCAGAUGAGUGGCUGGGACGUUGCAUCAUCGACUUCCUUGGCAUCACGUGUGUCUCCCAGCUCCAGGGCCAGCAUUAUCACACCUACGAACUGGCCAAAAAUACUGAGCCGGAGAAGGAAGAAGAGGAGGAGUUCCAAGCAGCUCUUGCUGUGCACCCUGUUUCUGACGUGACCCUGAUGUACCGGCUGCACAAGCACUUCAGCAGGAUCCAGCUGGACAGAACCUACCAGGAGAUCCGGGACCUCCAGAUGCAGAUCAGGAACCUGACGGCAUUGACCCCUGCAGGUGAGGCAGGCUUGACGUGGCCUGUGGGCAUUAAUGCCCCAUUCCUUCCAAAAUCGCGUUUUGAGGUAAUCAGCUGGGACUACUUCACUGAGCAGCACCUCUUCUCCUGCCCUGACGGCUCCCCCAAGUGCGAGCUCUCUGGAGCCAGCAAGGCAGAUGUCAGCGAAAUCAUUGAGUCUGCACUUGAGCAGCUUAACAGUCGCUACCAGCCUCUGCUGCGCUUCAGCAAGCGGCAGCUGCUGAACGGCUAUCGGCGUUUCGACCCCACGCGGGGCAUGGAGUACACGCUGGACCUGCUGCUGGAGGCUGUGACCCAGAAGGGACACAGUCACGUCCUGGCAAAACGAGUGAGCUUGGUGCGGCCCCUAAGUAAGGUGGAAAUUAUUCCCAUGCCAUAUGUGACAGAGGCCACGCAGGUGCAACUGGUGCUUCCCCUGACAGUGCAGGAGCUGGAUUUUGUGGGGAACUUCCUGGAUAUGUUUGCUAUGAACACGCUGGACACACACGAUAAUGCCUUGCUGACCUUGCUGUUCAUCUACCAUCCCUAUGACGCCCAGCGAGUCAGUCAGGUGGAUGUUUUCGCUGGAGUCAAAGCCAUGGUAGGAGAGCUGGAGAAACGCUAUGCAGAAGUUAAAAUCCCUUGGAUUAGCGUUAAAACGGAGGUGCCAUCGCAAGUGAAACUCAUGGAUAUAGUCUCCAAGAAGCACCCUGUGGAUACACUGUUCUUCUUGGCCAGCGUGUGGACAGAAAUCAACAUGGAGUUCCUGAACCGCUGCCGUAUGAAUACCAUCAGCAACUGGCAGGUGUUCUUCCCAGUGCAUUUCCAGGAGUUCAACCCUGCGCUGGUGUACCGCGGGGAGCAGACGGCUUCCUCCGGCACCGACUUCCUGAGGGACGGCCAUUUCGACAGACAUUCCUUUGCCGAGGCCUGCUUUUAUAACUCGGACUACAUGACGGCGCGUACCAAGCUAGCAGCUGAUAUCCUGGACCGAGAUGAGGUGCUGGAGAGCAUGGAGGUGUUCGAUGUCUUCCUGCACUACUCGGGUCUGCAUCUGUUCAGGGCCGUGGAGCCCGGGUUAGUGCAGAAAUACGCACUGAGGAGCUGCAACCCCCGGCUUAGCGAGGAGCUGUACCACCGCUGCGUGCUCAGCAACCUGGAGGGGCUCGCGUCCCGCUCGCAUUUAGCCAUGGCCCUCUUCGAGCAGGAACAGGCCAACAGCACCUGAGAGACCAGAACCAUCAGGAGCUUCUCAGCACCUUAACACUUGGCACUUUCCAUCCCCUUCCCAGCGCUGCCACGGGCCGGGGCGUGAGGUCACGGGGAGAAAACCUUCUGGCCCGGCCGAGGCCCGGGCUGGGCUGCGGAGAGAGGCUGUUUCUGUGGGGUUCGCGGGUCUGGUUUGUUUGUUUUUUAAGUAAAUAAAGGUUUCUUUCCAGGCAGA